AUGUUCAUUGAAAUUGCAUUCACAAACGCUGAAGACAAGAUAGUUAUUCUUUCUGAGCGUAAAAAUCUUUUUACGUUGUGUUGUCAGGUUGGAGGAAAUCGAGAAAUUGCAACUUACCCCACGGAGCUUCGAUAUCGAAAGUACAGUACUAACUGGAAACGGCGUCGUCCCCCGCAGGCUGACCUCGUGCCGCAGAUGGCGUCUCUCGGCGCGGGGCUGUACUUAAGCCGCAAGCGGGCAGCGGACAGGAGCGCGGCGGUGGAAAGGAGGAACCUACUCACCGUUUGCCGGUUUUCAGUGAAGACUCUCUUGGACCGAUCCUGUUUCGACAGCAUGGACGACUCGUCUGCAGAGUUGAUCAAUUUUGUGUCCAUCCUGGAGCAUAUCCUCAACCAUAGACUGAAAGGUCAGACAACGUGGUUUGGCUACGAGAGUCCUCGGAGUUUCUGGGAUUUUGUCAAAGCCGCCAGCAGUAAAGUCCCUCAUAAUUGCAUUCGAAGCAUUGAGAGUAUGGAGAAUGUGCGCUCAAGCAAAGCUAAGGGUCGAGCUUGGAUCCGAGUAGUUCUAAUGGAGAAAAGACUGUCUGAAUACAUCUCAUCCGCUCUGAGGGACCAUAGAACUACCAGGAGGUUUUAUGAGGAUGGGGCGAUCAUGCUGGGAGAGGAGGCGGGGCUUCUGGCGGACACGCUCAUUGGACUCAACACCAUCGACUUCAGCUUCUGUCUGAAAGGCGAAGGUCUAGACAUCAGUGACCCCUCGGUCAUCGACUACACACCUUACUUGAAGUUCACUCAGAGCGGCGACAGCAUCAGCAGCGAUGAGGAGGAGAUGCGCACCCUGGGCAGCACCGGCAGCGAGCACAGCACCCCGGACAAGAUGGCCACGGCUGCUGCCAUCUUCACCGAGCAGAGCAACUUGGUCAGCAAGUGCAAGCGCUUUGAGCAGAAAUAUCGCAUGGCGUUGGAGCAGAAGGGUUACCUGGAGGAGCUUGUGCGUUUGCGCGAGACGCAGCUGGCGGAGGCGUCGUCACACCACAAAGCUCUUGAGCAGAGCCUCGUGGACACACACCUGUCACACUCGCUGGAGAAGGAGCAGCUGGAAUUUAUCAUUUUGGAGCUGCAGGAUCAACUGACCGUGUUGAAGAACAAUGACUUGCGGUCGCGACAGGAGCUGACAGCCCACCUGACCAAUCAGUGGCCGUCUCCCGACGCUUUGGACGCCAACGCCGUUGCCUUGGAUACGCUGCUGUACAGGAAGAGCCCCGGACAGUGGGAGGACAAGAGUCUCCGCAGUCUACCUCCAGAUAUGAGCCUAUCACAGAUGUCCCUCGAACCAUCGCACAUGCUAACGCUGGAGGCUAAACCACACUGGCCCCGUCAAGGAAAAGAGCAGACGCCAUCCCUCCGAGGACUGUGCGGCUCUCUCACCUCCGUCAACAGUUUCAGGUCUCUGGCCAGUUUGAGGUCUAACGAAUGUCUGGCCAGUCCCGCUGCUGAGGUCAGCAGCCCAGGCUUCACCCCCACAUAAGGUUACAACUCAAGCCAGCCAUCUUCUCUACGUGCUAUUACGUUCUUUGUAGAGAUGUAUGUUCUCAUUGUGUCGACACCGACAUGUUUUCACAUGCUGUUGGAAUGAGCUCACCCGCCUGAAGCACACUGACAUGAUAUAAAUUUACCUUGAAUGGUUUGUAUUGAGAUUGUAUUUCACGUGCCAACAUUGGAAAAGUCGGGCUCGUCGUCGUCACCAAUUGUUUCUGGAGGAUCAUCGAAUGUCCACUUUUCCCAUUUAUUACCAUAUCAGUUUUACAUCUUUGGUUCUCAGGAGUUUUUGUGCCUUGCUUUUUUUCAUUCGCGUGCAUAGUACCGUAUUUCGUUCUCAGGUCAUGACCACUAUGAUUGAUAAGCCACCCUCGGAUUAAUCUGACGUUUUCCCUUUACUUAUUUCGGUUGCAAUGCAGUCAUUCAAUUUGGCUUGUUGUGAUUGUGAUUGAACGUCUGGCAUUCAGGCUGUGUACCUUAACUGUGCUGUUUGCUUUUAGUUUAUUCCAUUGUUCAUUUGUACACAUGCAAAUAUUUCCCGGAUUUUUAUCCUUCACUUUGAAUAAACUUUAUUUGGGCAGAAAUCA